AUGGAGAAACUACCGCCAGAGCUCUUAGCCAUGGUCUUCGCCAGACUGCAUCCGAUCGAUCGCUUGAACUGCGCACAGGUGUGCCGAAGGUGGGAAAGAGUCGUGGCCGCUCCGCAGUUGUUGGAAGAUGUCCAAUUUGUGAUUAGGGGCUCAAACAUGCGGACGGCGGAGCCCAUCCUGAUGAGAACUACGCGCAAGUAUAGACGUCUCAGGAUCAAGCAAGGCUCUCUUCACAACUUCGAUCGGAAGCUCUGGACGAAAAUUGGUGGGAGCCUUCGCCAAUUGGAACUGAUCAGAUGCACUUCAACGCCGCGAGUUCUUUUUGCCAUUCUCUGCGCCUGUACGAGUCUAGAGUCCCUCGUGGUCUGCGCGACUAAUCUCUAUCCAACUUCGAAGCUGGGCCUGCCAAGAGGAAUGAAGGCUGAGGACGCGCGCAGGUCACUCCGCUGCAUGCGGCAUCUAUCACUGAGGGAUUUCACUGAACAUCACAUCACGGGCGUAAUUCUCGGCAGCUUACUCGAUUUGAUGCCGUCAUUGACAUCUAUCUCCUUGACAUUCUUCUUCCCCGACGAGAACUCGCUCCAAGACGUGUUGUCUGCAUUGCUGAGAUCACAUUCGAUGUUCACAAAGAUAGAUAUAUCUUUCGGGCAAAUUAACGACGAAAGCGUGAUCAAGAUCGUGGAGAGGUACUCCUCGAGCCUCGAGCACAUCGUAUUGAGCGACUGCGAUGAUCUCACGCGGGAGGCUUUUGCUGCUAUAGGCUCUUGCAGCAAGCUUCGGCAUGUGGAUCUCCAAGGCGCGCAUCUGGGGGAUGAAAACGUCGCACAACUGCUCCGUGGGACCCCCGAUGUGGAGUGCCUAGAGUUAUGGGGUGGUGAUUGGAUCACGGGUCGAUGCCUAACGCACGUUUACGAGUUGAAGAAACUCCGCAGCUUGAGUAUGGUUUAUUGUGCUGGUAUAUGCGGCGAGCUGCUCCGCAACUCGAGCAGGCUCUCGUCACUGCAGCAUCUAGACCUCACGUACGAAAAAUGCGAUAUCUCAGUUUUCCAGAACAUAAGGCAUCUCGAAGAUAUUCGAAGCCUAAGAGUGGAGUGCAGGAAAUUCAAACCAGAUUGCUUUGCCGUGAUCGUUGAAAACCUCAAGAAACUCGAGCAACUCCAUCUCCAAGCCUGCCAGGCGCUGACCGAUUCCGAUGGGGUUAAGCUUCGUAACUUGAAGCGGCUGAAGGUUCUCAGGCUCUGGGACGCAUUCAGACUAACUGAUUUGACUUUCGAGCAUGGCGUAGGUUCAUCGGACAUGGAGGAACUUUCUCUCUUGGAUUGUAGCCUAUCGGACGUUGGACUGGCGAGUAUAGCGGCUCACCACGGACGCCUGAAGAAAUUAUCGUUCAAAUACUGUGCGCGCAUAUCAGAUGCUGGAAUGACGUCCCUGCUUCGGCGAGAACCUUUUCUCCGGACCCUCAUGGUUAUGUCUUGCUCCUCAAUCACUGGAGUCACGCUUUCCGCCUUGGAAGGCCUGUGUCCUCACUUGGAUUUCGUCGAUUUCUCGGACUGUCAGAUAGACUUCCUCGCCCUCUAUCAAUUCGCGCAGCGAAGACCAACGGUCGGAUGCUUCGCCUGUAUCGAUGGCGGGGGAAGAUGA